GCCCGUUGCGUUUUGUAUUUCCGGUAUUUUAAAAACGUGCCGAGGAACUUUCAGCUGGUCGUGAUUUGGAGCUGAUGGGGGACGAAAAAGACACCUGGAAGGUUAAAACACUCGAUGAAAUUUUGCAAGAGAAAAAACGCCGACGAGAGCUUGAGGAGAAGACAGAACCUAAGCGCUUGAAAAAUACGGAUGAUCGGGAAUCCAAACGUGACACUCCAGAGGAAGGAGAAUUACGGGACCACAGGAUGGAAAUAACAAUACGCAACUCUCCAUAUAUAAGGGAGGACUCAACAGAAGACAGAGGAGAAGAAGACGACUCACUCGCGAUAAAACCUCCUCAGCAGAUGUCCAGAAAAGACAAGUCGUACCACAGGAAAGAAGAGAAGCGGAAGGAUAAGAGGAGACGCAGGAGCCACUCUGCAGAAGGAGCCGGAAAGCACAUCCGCGCAAAGGACAAAGAGAAGGAACGGGAGAACGAAAGGCGGAAACGACAGUGGCAGGACGACAGUAAAGUUCGCAGGGACUACGAACGACAGAAGCGACGGGAUCAGGCCAGGGCCCACUCGCGCAGGGAGAGUGACCGUGCCCUAUAUAAAGAGAGAGAGAGCAGAGGAAGAGAGCUCUCUCCUGAACCCGACGACUUGUGUGUGCAUGCGCGCGCGCAUGGAAGAGAGGACCGUCUGGAGCAGCUGGAGCGUCAGCGUGAGAGGGAGAGGAAGCUGCGUGAGCAGCAACAAAAAGAGCAGAGAGAGCAGCGUGAGCAGAAAGAGAGGGAAAGGAGGGCCGAGGAGAGGCGGAAGGAGCGGGAGGCACGACGAGAAGGCCCCCCUUCCCACCACCGGGGCGGCACCCUGGAGGAUUACGGAGACAAGGCCAAGUCCAGGCACCGCAGCCGUAGCCGGAGUCCUGUUCGUGUACAGAGAGAGCAACGACCAGAGAGUAGUGAACAGCGGCGACCAGUGAAAGAAGAGAAGCAAGAGGAUUUACUGGCUGAUCUUCAGGAUAUCAGUGACAGUGAAAGAAAGACAAGUACAGCGGAGUCUUCAAUUGGCUCGGCUUCUGGUUCAGAGGAGGAGGAGGAGGACGAUGAAGAAGAGUCAAGCAGCCAGAGUGAGGAAAAUGAAGAGGGAGAGUCGGCAUCCGACUCCGAAGCAUCUGAUCAGAGUGCAGAAGAAGUGAGUGAAGAGGAGCCAUCGGAAGAGGAGGACGAUGAAAGAGAGAAUGGCAACCACAUACCUCCUGUCCCAGAGUCCCGUUUUGAUCACGACUCCGAGGAGAGCGUUGAGGAAGAUGAGGGCGAGGAAGUAGAGGCAGGAGACGUGACCCCUCAGUCUCGUUCUCAGUCAGCCACACCAGAGGAAAAUUACGUCCCGGAUUCGCCGCCAGUCUCCCCCGUCGAGCUGAAAAAAGAGCUGCCCAAAUAUCUGCCUGCUUUACAGGGCUGCCGUAGCGUGGAGGAAUUCCAGUGUCUGAACCGUAUAGAAGAAGGCACAUAUGGGGUGGUAUACAGAGCCAAGGACAAGAAAACGGAUGAAAUUGUUGCUCUUAAAAGGCUGAAGAUGGAGAAAGAGAAAGAGGGUUUCCCAAUCACCUCCCUCCGAGAGAUCAACACCAUCCUGAAGGCUCAACACCCCAACAUCGUCACUGUCAGGGAAAUAGUUGUGGGCAGUAAUAUUGAUAAGAUCUACAUAGUGAUGAAUUAUGUAGAACAUGACCUCAAGAGUCUCAUGGAAACCAUGAAACAGCCCUUCCUACCAGGUGAAGUGAAGACUCUGAUGAUUCAGCUACUAAGAGGAGUUCGCCAUCUCCAUGACAACUGGAUCCUGCAUCGUGACCUUAAGACCUCCAACCUGUUGCUGAGCCACAAGGGCAUUUUAAAGAUUGGCGAUUUUGGACUGGCUCGAGAGUACGGUUCCCCACUGAAGCCUUACACACCGGUGGUGGUCACUCUGUGGUACCGUGGCCCAGAGCUGCUUUUGGGGGCAAAGGAAUACUCCACAGCUGUGGACAUGUGGUCAGUGGGCUGCAUAUUUGGAGAGCUGCUCACCCAGAAACCGCUCUUCCCGGGAAAGUCAGAGAUAGACCAGAUCAACAAAGUAUUUAAGGACCUCGGCUCGCCCAGUGAGAAGAUUUGGCCAGGGUACAACGAGCUGCCUGCGGUAAAGAAGAUGAGUUUUACAGAAUAUCCCUAUAACAACCUGCGCAAGCGCUUCGGAGCUCUGCUCUCAGACCAAGGCUUCGACCUCAUGAACAAAUUCCUUACCUACUGCCCCGCCAAGCGGAUCAGCGCCGACGAGGCUUUGAAGCACGAGUAUUUUCGGGAAACGCCGCUCCCCAUCGAGCCCGCCAUGUUCCCGACUUGGCCAGCAAAGAGCGAACAGCAGCGGGUGAAAAGAGGAACGAGUCCCCGACCCCCGGAGGGAGGCCUGGGUUACAGCCAGCUGGGUGAUGAUGAUCUGAAAGACACCGGCUUCCACUUGACAACGGCCAACCAAGGACUGUCCAAGUCAGGCCCAGGAUUCAGUUUGAAGUUCUGAACCAAGGGAAUUAUUUGGCUCUUUAUGGCACUCAUGCCAGGACUCAGUUUAAAAGAGACCCCUUGAAAGCUGACCAAAUUUUCUUCUGAGGCUCCCUGAUGAAAACAAACUGUUAAAAACAGGAUGAAGAUGGAGAAAUACGAGUUCUGUCUGUUCAGCUACUCCAAGCAGUUAGAGGCAGUGAACUGCUCCUCUGUCACACAUGAUCCCAAAUUUGGGAUUCUGGUUUCUUAUAUAAUGGAGGGUUUGUUUGUUUUUUCCUCUCUCUUUCUCUCGCGGUCUCUGUUUCGUUUUUGUUUUUUCCAGUCAUUUUACUGCUGUUUGUCCUUUGUGUGUUUGUCCAAAAGGUAUAGCUUCCACGAUUUCACCAAUUCUGAUCCUUAGAUUUUGAAUUUCAUGUUUUUUUUGUUUUUUUUUCUAAGCGACAGACAGACUGUUCGAAUCGAAACCACAUUCCAGCCUACACAUACUGGAUUCAUAACUGGAGUUGUGUAAUAAUGCGGUUUGCCAAAACAGUUGGUCAUUGACACAGGUGAUAGUGUUGUAAGAAAUAAACUGUUCCCAAGUCUA